GUAACUUUCCACUUCUGGUCUUGAAACAGCUUUGCUGUGUGUAGGAGUUCAUUUAUUGCCCGUGUAGGAAGUUUAAAUACCUCUUGGCAGUUUUUAAUGAGUCUGCGGGUGUGUGUUUGUUUGGGGUGCUGAUGAAAAGUGUCCUGUCGCAGUGCCUUUGCCUCCUAUAUAAGAGCCACCAAACCUUCAUCCAGAAGGAACACACUGCCGACUCUCUCUUUCUGUUUCUGACGCAGAGUUCUGAGUGAAGAUGAAGACCAGGAUGAUGGAGAUGUCACUGCUGCAGCUGGUGCUCGGCCUUGCUGUCACCUACACUGCUGCUACUGGACCGGGCAGCUGCGUGGGUCGCUGUGGGGAGGCUUUCACCAGAGGACAGCGCUGCACUUGUGACUUCAGCUGCCAGCAGCAUGGCGAGUGCUGCCCGGACUUCCAGGCUACUUGCACCGAUGCUCAGUCCUGUCGGGGUCGCUGUGGUGAGUCGUUCAGGCGCGGCCGUCUGUGUGAGUGCGAUCCAGACUGCUCCCAAUUCAGCACCUGUUGUGAUGAUCACCAGUCGCUCUGCGACGCCCGUGUGCCAGUUUUCCACCCCAGGAACUCACAGGCUGUGAGGGCAGCGGCUUCAGGAAAUCUGGGAUCAGAGAGCUUGAAAGGGUCCAACAGUGCGAGUGAAGAACAGUACACAGGUGCGAGGAACACCGUCUCUCUCAGCAGGGCGCCGCUCUCACCUGCACGAGGCUCCUCUCUGCCCCGCCGCCGGGCGCCGCACACCCCCCCGGGUCCCGCAGCAGCCGGCGUCGCCGCUGGCUCAGGAGUCGCCAACCGCAGACCCAGCACCCUGCAGGACGUCGCCCAGGCCUCGGGUCUACUGGACGGGGGUCUACUGGAGCUGGGGACAGGAGUCCUUAAUGAUGUCGACCUGUGCAGUGAUUCUCCCAUCAAUGGACUCACAGCUCUUAGCAAUGGGACCAUUCUGAUAUUUAAAGGGGACGUGUUCUGGUCAGUGGACGGCGUCAGUCGCUCAGCGGGACGUCCCCAGAGCAUCAUGGACACUCUGGGCGUCCCCUCUCCCAUCGACACCGUGUUCACGCGCUGCAACUGCCUCGGACACACCUACAUCAUCAAGGGAGACCAGUACUGGCGCCUGGAUGGGGACAUGGUGAUGGAGCCGGGUUACCCCAAACCUCUGGUCUCAGAGUUCCCGGGUCUGACAGGAAGCAUCAGCGCCGCACUGGCAGCCCCAGCCGCCGGCGGCAGAGCGGAGACAGUGUACUUCUUCAAGAGCGGAGACAUCAUGCAGAGCUUCACCUUCCCAGCAGCCAGCACUCCCUCCUGCAGCAAGACUCCCAGCAAGACUGCCAGCGGAUCCGCGAGGGGCCGCUCGGCUCGGCAGGCGGAAGUUCUUCUCAGUGGGGAGAUCAACGUCAGAGUGUCUCUGGCCGGAUUCCCCUGCCCGGUCACGUCGGCCCUGUCCGUGCCCAGUCCUCGGAGGAGAGACCCAUACGAGCACUACGUCUUCUCUGGACCGCUCUUCUUCGGCGUCCUGACUUCGGGUGAGCUGCCCGCACUGACCAAACCGCAGCCCCCCGCAGCCCCGCCCAUCCUUAGCCCCGUCGCCGUGGCAACCAACGCUCAAAAGGCCAACGCCCCCCUCCCGUCCAACUCCAUCAAAGUUUGGCUGCGCUGCCCGUAGGAACGAGAGGAUCCGGUGUUUUCUGUAUCAGCGCAACUUAUACUUAAAUAUGGCUACGGAGCAGGAAAAAACAGCAGCUUAUUCUUCAAAAUAGCAAUAGUUAUAAAUUCACAGAAGUAACAAUGUGAACUAAACACUACAAUCCUAAAUCACAA